AUGUUUAAACUUCUCCGGAGACUUUCCCACUCGAAUACGGAAGAGGCUGUCACGAAGGGAAUGACCACCAAUCACACGAAUAGCAAUAACAAUACUGUUAUUGACGGAACAGUCAUCAUUGACACUUCUGCAUCACAUGAAGAUCGUACUCCCAAUGUGCUUGCCAAUACAACAACACACAUCAUGAUGAAUAGCACUGUUACGAUGGGUCAUCAACAAGACAUGUCAUCUCACAACAAAAAACCAAUUUCAUCAUCACCCCUUGUUCCUCCUCUGAAAGGAUUUGAAUUAUUGGUGUCAUCAUCAUCUCAAUCCUCUUUUCAAAAUGGAGAAGAUGGUACUACUAGUAGUAGUGGUGAUGGUGAUGGUGACAUUCUAAAUCUCAUGCAUACACCCACUUUGAAGAAGAAGAAUCAAUCAACAACAACAACCAGUCCUCUUCCUACCCAUCCCAUCCUUCACAACAACCAUCACCACUACUCCUCACAAUAUGAUUCAAAAGAUGAUGGAUACCACUCACUUCAACCACCACCACCAACAUCACACCAACAACGACUGGCACUCCUGACGUCACGUUUCGGAAAAAACAAAUCCUCUCAACAAGCCAGUCAUAACUCGAUACUUUUUCUUCGGGAUUAUUGCUCAACAACCAGUCGAGUGAUCGUCUCCACCACAACAGCAGCAUCCUCUUCAUUACCAACGAGUAGUAGAAGUAGUAGUAGUACAACAACUACAACAACAACCACUCCUCAUGUGUCAUCAUCAUCAUCUCCUUCAUAUGUAACUUCUUCAUCCACUCUCCUAUCAUCUUCAUGGCAUCACUCUCAUCAAUUAGAUCUUCCCUACAAUCAAUUAUCGAUAUUCGAUUGGGAUCAUGAUCAUUUAAUGCAAAUAUUAAGGAAAUUUAAAUUUUCAAAUCAAGAUGAAUUAUUGAAAUUUAUUGAAAAUGAAUACAUGUGUGGAGUUCAUUUAGUGAAUUGUUUAUUGGAAUGUUUAACUUAUCGAUCCAUCACAAUGAUGGUUUCUUCAACCAUGCACAAGAGAAGGAAAAAACCUUUGAAUUCUCAUUUCAUGAGUGUGACUAGAUGUGAGAGUCGUAGUAGUAGUGGUGGUGGUGGUGCUAGUGGUGAUAGUAAUAUGAGUAGUAGUAGUAGUAGUAAUAUGAUGAGUGAGGAUAAUACAAUUAGUAGUAGUAGUAGUCAUCAUUCGACGACGAGUCAUAACAAUCAUCAUCAUCAUACGAAUAUCCACAAUCUCUCAUUGAAUCGAAGAUUGAAAACUGCUCAUACUCCCUCUUCUUCACAAUUCAAUGACGAUGACAUUAUUUCAUUGGAUGAUCUUUUAGAUGAUUUUAAUCAAACUGAACCUUCAUCCUUACUUGUUACAUCAAGUGUUCAGCCAUCAUCAUCUCAACCCACAUUACCUGUCAUUAAAAGUGACAGUGCAUUGGAAUCAUCCAUGUCGUCCACCAUACAAGUACCAUCGAUCAUCACUCCAAGAAAAUCUGAAAGUAGUGCAGGAACCACUACGACGACGACGACGACGACUAGUACUUAUAGUAGUAAUAAUAAUCAUCAUAGUAGUAGUAGUAAUAAUAAUAAUAAUACUCCUCCAAAUUCUACCUCUAACAGUGAUGAUGGAGUAUUAUCCAGAAGAAGGACAUUAUCUUUUUUAUUCACUCCAAGAGCAUCUUCUCAACAUUCAAAUCAUAGUACAAAUUCUCUCAUUUACAUUCCAAAGAAUAUUCAAGACUCCAAAUUAUUAACACAAAUAUUACAAUAUUAUAGAUGUUUACAAUUUAAAUCAAUUAUAAUUUCAUUAUUUAAGAAUAAUAAUAAUAACACUGGAAGCAAGAAUCAUCAAGGAAUUUUAGAAACUGUACAAACUAUGGAUCGAUCAGUGAUCAUUUCUCAUAUUCAAAAUAAUUAUACAUUUUUAGAUUUGACACUUUCUCAUUGGCUCUAUAUUUUUACUUUUAUUGAUUUUACUGAUAUUGGAAAGAAGAAGAAGAAGUGUGAAAAUAGAGAGAAUUCUUGUUCUUCUUUAGAAUGUACACAAUCGAUCACAACGACCAUCACUUCUCAUUAUACCAACAACACUCUAUCCUCACUCAAAUAUUCAUGUAAAUAUUUCCAUGCCAUCACUAGACAUCCUUAUUUAUUAUAUCAAUAUUUAAUACAUUACAUUCCAGUGAGUGAAAUUGAUACAUCCUCACCUCAUCACACCUAUCAACAAUUUAAAUACAUGAUAUUGAAACAGAAAUAUGAAAAGACAAGUUUAUCAAUGGUCAUUUCAAAAUUAAUCGAACAUGAGGUGAUAUCAUCGAGCACUCAGAGCACUGCAUUACAAAAAUCAUCUUCUAAUAAUACUCUCUCUUCUUCAAAUUCAUCCAAUCCAUCCACACCUACCACACCUAGAAGUGGUGGUGCAAAUAGUGCACGUGGUGGUGGUUAUACUAAUAGUCAUACUGGUGGUACUAGUAGUAGUAGUAGCACUCUUCAUGGUAAUACUUUUGCCAAUCAUGGCACAACUAUUUCAACCACACCAAGAACACCCACCAAUACCAUUAUGGCUAAUGCUCCAUUCGAUCCACAUGAUCAUGGAACAACGAAUGAUGAAAUGUCUCAACAUGACGACGACGACGACAUGUGGUUACUACAGUAUACAGGAUCUCCAAGAUGGCAAACGUGGGCACAACAUGCAUCUCCUCUUUAUUUAUUUUCUCAUAUCUUUCAAGACUCUUAUUAUAGAGAAUAUUUACAUUGUAUGGAUUGUGAGCAUCAAUCUUUGAAAGAGUUUAUUCAAAUGACCUAUUCCAUUGGAGAGAAACAACGACAGAUUCAAAACAAAUUAUUAUCAUUGAUUGAUCAUGAAAUGAGUGCUAAAUAUUACUAUUUUAGGAAGAUUACAAAUUUGGAUAAAUUUACAAUUCACAAUCCUAGUUAUCAAUCAUUAAGUGAAUUAUUUGGAAUUUACUACAAUAGAGAUUGUAAUUAUUAUAUAGUCACUUAUGGACAAUGUGUAUUUACAUUUCAUUGGAAGAAUAUGGAAACUUAUUUAAUUCGAAUGAAUCAUGAUACCAAUGCCAUUCAAUAUAUUUCUUCUCAAGUCGAUGGUUCAUUUAAAAGGAUCAUGAUACCAUCAAUGAAUAUCAUCAUACCACAACAAUAUCAUGCAGUCCUCAAUCAUCAUCAUUAUCACACAAGUUCUAACACGAACUACCAUGGUACCACGAAUUCAUCCUCAUCCUCAUCUUCACCACCACCAUUACUACUACAACUACUACUAACAUCUUCAUCCUCAGUACCACUAAUUCCAUUAGCAGCAACACCAUCAUCCAUUAGCAGCAACACUCCACUGCAUGAUAUCAUUUCUUUGGAAGGUGAAUGGACUGCUCUUUUAAAAUAUUAUAGUCAUUCUUUUGAAGCAUUUUUUGAGACUACAUAUUCUCUAGAUAUUAAGAAGAGUCAUGAUGAUGAUGGUCCUCGUCAUUACAAGAUGAUGACCUAUAUCGCUCAUAUUGAUACACUCUAUGAACCAUCAACAACAACAAAUUCAAGUAAGAGAAAUGAUCAAAGAGAGGAUGAUCACUCUGCUCUUUUAAGCAAUGGAUGGUACAAGUCUUCAAACAAGUCAAAGAAUAUGGACACUACCAUCAUGAUGCAUCAUAAUGAUGAUCAAACAUGUUUGAACCAUCCAAGAUUGAAUCCUUAUGAUGAUGAUGUUUAUCGAAUGGGUAUCAUGAAUCAUUCCAUGAAUGAAUCUGAUCACUCAUAUGAUGAUCAUCCACACAUCCAUAAGGAUCCUAUUACCAUUCGCAACAACGAAACAUUCAACCACUCGAUCAAUCCUCAUGAAUCUCUCUCUGAUUUGGAUCAUUUGAUAUCCAAUUAUGGACAUGUUAAGAUUGAACAAGCCGUGAAAGAGAACAAGAAACAAAACAACAACAACAACAACAGAAAUAGCCUUUUUCAAUUCAUUGGUUCCAGUUAUCAUGAAUAUGAUUACAACAUGUUGAAUUGCAAAGUGAAAAUAUCUCAAAUUGGAAAUGUCGUAUCUAUUAAUUUUUAUAGAUCUACACGUGUAUUGGAUUUUUCUGUUUUAGGUCAAUUAUUUACAAUUGGUGAAACACUGAGACAAGUGUAUGGUGUUGUUUGUGAUAGGUUUGGUAUUUGUGGAAUAAUGAUCUUCAAGAGUAGAUGUCCAUAUAAGGAAUGA